AGCCCUUUCUGCCGCCAGUCCCUGGAGGUUGGCGCCCACACCCAGACCUCCUCAUUCCUCCAUCGUCAGACAAGUGGGGAAUAAUAGAAUCCCCAUCACCUUCGUCUGUGCCGCAAGAGUCCCCUUCUUACCACUCUGAAAUGUUCGAUCUUCUAAAGCUCCCCCAUGGCGACUUUGAAGCUUUGUUAAUAGGGGAGGAUGGGGUGGUUCUGUUUCGCAUUGGGUCUAUGUUCUACUCGUGGGAUCCGAACCCUUCUUCCACGUGCUGGUUUCCUGGCAACUGGACGCUUUCCAGCUUCCUCAGCGAGCUCAGAAGUGAAGGUCUUCCUCCUGCCAUUCACUUGGGUGACUGCGACUGUGAUGAGGACCGUUUCCAGCAACAUUUUGAGUGGCGGUAUAUUUUAGGGAGGGAAGUCGGCGCUAUUGAUACCAUCGCGACAGCUUUGGGAGGCAUGCAUCACUGUUAUCAUUUGCCUCCAAAUUUAUCAUUAAUAUUAUUUUCCGAAUGCAUUGUGACAAUCGUUUGGUUGCAAGAUAAUUGUUGUUACGUAGCACUCAGCGGGGGAUACUCAAGCGGGGAAAGACUUCCGCACAACAUUAUAACCGGCCGUGCAGCGGUAUAGUUUGGUAUCGAUAUAUUAGUUGGAAUACGAUUAAGUGAUGGUACAACCCAGUACGCGCGAUCUGAUGGGGGGACUUCCCACAGUGGGAUCCAGGUCAUCGUCACUGGAAUAGCAUUCGCCAUCAAGUUGAGGCCAGGUGGGUUAAGAACAAACGAUCGAUCACUCCAUGCCCCCGUAGGAAGCUAAGGGUUGCAAUCGCGCCCAGUGACGGGGUACGUGUAUGCAAGUUUAUGGAGUUCCCGACGCCUGCUUAAGGCACUGGCGGCAUGCACCUUAAAUUCAUCUGUGGGGCCUGACAAUCGCCAUACCCUACAAACUGGCAUACCUAGAGUCGAGUCAUG